AUGGGCGCCACCCAAAACGCGCAGAGCGAAGCGCUCGCCAACCUUCUCCAAACGGGCGAUUACUCUGAUCUCACGAUCACGUGUGGAAAAGAUCAGUACCACGUCCACAAGGCGAUCAUAUGCCCGCGAUCGAACUUCUUCAAGGCCGCUUGUGAUGGCAAGUUCAAGGAAGCCCAGACAGGCAAAAUCGACUUGCCUGACGACGAUCCGGCUGCCGUGCGCAUGAUGAUUGAGUACCUGUAUCAUGACACGUAUGUUCCGGUUGGAGCGAUCAUUCACCGCGAAUACUGUGGCAUGGAUACACAUCUCUCUGAGACCGAGUACAAUGACGAGCAAAAGAGGAAGAUGGAGCUCUAUGGGGCAACCUUCGUCGGCAACAAGAGGGUCAAGAGGCUCACAGCCCGGUGGGAGGUUCCAAUUCCUCCCGACUCUCAACCUGUACCCGUUGGCGUCGGUACCGCCUCGAAUCCUCCUCCUCCGCCACCUGCUGCUUCCCAGGAACCAGGAAGAGGACGUGGCCGGAAUCGACGAGGACGUGGUUACUUCGGAGGUGUCAACUCCCCCUCAGGCUACAAUUCCGGCCAAGCUUCGCCCGAUCAAUCAUCUCCCAUACCUGACUCAUUUCUUUUCGGAUCACCUUCCCCAGCACCAACCCCGCCUCCCCCUCCGCAGCCGUCUGCUCCUCCGCAACCCAUUCUUACCCAGAACCUGCAUCUCCAUGCCAAAGUCUACGCCCUUGGAGAAAAGUACGGCAUACAAGCCCUCAAGGCACUCGCUCUUCGCAAAUUCAACUCCGAAGUCCACUUUCAACUUGACACCGACGACUUCUUGCAGGCAAUCCGAGAAGCAUACACUUCAACUAUUGAAACCGACCGUCCUCUUCGCGAUGAGGUGGUCGCGAUCUUGAAAAGAUAUAAGCAUAUGCUGAAAAAGGACACUGUGAAGGCAGUUCUCAAGGAGACAGCUCUGGGCUUCGAUCUGCUGAUGGAAUUGGCAUUGGAGUGA